AUGCCCUGUCCGUUUUUGGGAUCACUGAACCAAGCGUUCGUGAGGAACUAUGGUUCAUCACUAAUGAAGCAGUAUGGUAAUUACUGCCCAAUUAUUUCUCGAGGGUUUCGUAGUUUGGGUAAAGAUGAGACGAAAUGCCCCUUUAUUCAACAGAAUAAUAACUCUAUAUCUGAAGCACCAAAGGAGAUGACUGAGGACAUUGUAGAGACAGUCCAACCAUACAAGUAUGAGAAUUUUUUCAAUGAACAAAUAAGUGCUAAGAAGAGAGAUUACUCCUACCGUAUAUUCAGAAAGGUAUCGCGAUUAGCUGCUGACGGUAUGUAUCCUCAGGCUCUAGAAGGUCAAGAAUACCGACAGGUAACUGUUUGGUGUGCCAAUGAUUAUCUUGGAGCAUCACGCCAUCCUGUAGUUCAAGAUGCUGCAAUUUCCGCAAUCAAAUCUUAUGGUACGGGAGCUGGAGGAACACGCAACAUUGCAGGUAAUUCUCAACUGACUGAAAAACUUGAAGGUGAAAUAGCCAAAUUGCACAAAAAGCCUGCUGCUUUAAUAUUUAGUUCCUGUUUUGUUGCAAAUGAUGCAACUCUGUCUACAUUAGCUAGAAUACUUCCUGGGUGUAUAGUAUACUCAGAUGCAGGUAACCAUGCUUCAAUGAUUCAAGGAAUAAGAAACAGUCGAGCAACAAAACAUAUUUUCAAGCACAAUGACCCAAAGCAUCUUCGAGAAUUGUUAUCAAAGUCACCAGCUGGUGUGCCCAAGCUAGUUGUUUUUGAAACUGUACACUCUAUGAGUGGGGCAAUUUGUCCUCUAGAGGAAAUGUGUAACAUAGCACAUGAAUAUGGAGCUUUAACAUUUGUAGACGAAGUCCAUGCUGUUGGUUUGUAUGGAAAACAUGGUGCUGGUAUUGGUGAAGAGAGAGGAGUGCAGCAUUUGAUUGAUAUUGUAUCUGGAACUUUGGGUAAAGCAUAUGGGAAUGUGGGCGGGUAUAUAGCGGGGUCAUCAUUACUCAUUGAUACAAUACGGUCUCUAGCUCCUGGAUUUAUCUUUACCACUGCAUUACCACCACCAGUGCUGGCAGGAUCAUUAGCUGCCAUUAGACUCCUCGCAAGUGAAGAAGGAAGAACUUUAAGAUCAAAGCACCAGGCUAUUGUCCGUUACUUCAAACUCUCUUUGCUUGUAGCUGGUUUGCCGCAGUUACCAUCAGUGAGUCACAUAGUGCCUGUUCCUAUUCAAGGCGCGGAUAAAGUGGCAUUGGUAGCAGAAUCAUUGAUGAAAAGAGGACACUAUGUCCAAGCAAUAAAUUAUCCCACCGUGGCUCGUGGCGAGGAACGUCUCCGCUUCGCCCCGGGCCCCUAUCAUACGCCAGAAAUGGUGGAUAGCCUUGUGACUGCCUUAAUAGAAUCAUUCCAUGAGAAUAACAUAAGUUUCGACCAAUUUAUGAUCAAUGGAGCGUGUCGCGAGUGCAGCCUGGAAUAUAAAGUUGACAUGAUGCAAGAUGAACCUUUCAAGUUUCAAGUUCAGGUUGCAUAA